UCUAAGAGUACUACCAUAUAUCAAGUGACCAUAUAUCUAUACAACUUCUAACUAGAAGAAUCAUUCGAGAUAUAUAAGUUUGUACGAUUUUAGGCCGGUCAUAAAUGGGUUCUCUAAUGCCAGGUUGGAGUUCACCUGUUCAUAGUCUCGAAUCUGAGAGGAAUAAUAGGUCAUUAACGAAAGAAGAGAUCGCUGAAUUUUGGAGAUUAAAGAAGAUGGAAGAGGAAGAACUUUUCUUUCUUAAGGCUUCUUAUCGACUGUCAAAGGAAGAUCAGAAAGUUGUAUUUGAUGGGAGUGAGCUAAUUCCUCAUCCAAGCCUCAAUGAUGUACAAGAAGAACAUAGUACGGAACCACUUCUGAAGAAACAUGGCUGGUGGAUUAGUAGCAAGUGGGCUUUUCUAAACGAACCACCGAAGAGGUCAUGUGAGGCAUCGUACAGUUACGUUGCACAGUUUCACAUUGCUCGGAAACACAUCGACAGCUUCAAACUCCAUCCCACUGCCGAUGGCAUUACUGCUUAAAGACCACCAAAUAUGAAAUGUGUGGAAGAAUAAUCGUUUUUCUAUAAGUCAUGACUAUUAUCUAUGGAAUAAAUUAGUUUAUUUUUACAACUUGUAAUAUAUAUGUAACUAAAUGUCAUUUGGGUUCAUUUGCCCAAUAUUAUAAAAGUAUAUAUGUUUAUGUUUUA